AUGAGAUUUUCUUUUUUUUCAAUAAGAGAUAUAUUUAAAAGCGAAAAAAGGUGUUUUUAUAGUGAAGCUAGAACAAAGUUAAAUAAUAAAAAAAAAAAGGAAAUUAUUGUUAUACAUCCUGUUUUAAAAAGUUCAAAAAAUUUUAAAAAAUCUUUUGACGAAACCAUUUUAGAUGCUCAGGAAGCUUUAGGAUUAGCUCGAUCGGCUAAUUUCAAAAUUGCGAAUGGUAUAUCUAUUCCUUCAGGUGGAUGGAAUAUAAAAAAUACAAAUGAAUAUAAAAAAAAUGAAGUAGAACACUCAUGUAAAGCUGAUAAUAAUGAAAUAAAAUGUUCAGUUGAAAAUGAGAAAAAUGAAAAAAGUUACUUAAAUAAAUAUGUGGUAAAAAGCUUAAAUGAUAAUGAUGAAAAUUAUAAAAUAGAAAAUAGUUCAUAUAAUAGUUGUUCUAUUAAUUUAGAUUUCGAAACAAAAGAAAUGAUGAAACAAGAUAGUAAUACAAAAGAAGACAUCAAGGAAGAGCUAAGUAAAAAUUGCAAUAAUAACUAUAAUAACUAUAAUAAUAAUAAUAAUAAGUAUUUAGAAUAUGAUGAAAUAGAAAAAAAAAUUGCAGAAUCAAUUAUAAUUAAAGCUAAUAAAAUAGAUAAUAAAUUUUAUUUUGGAAAAGGAAAAUUAAAUGAAUUGUCAAAGUAUUAUCUUAAAAACCCGACUCCAUAUGUAUUUAUUAAUACUUUAUUAUCACCAGAACAAUUUCGCAAUUUAGAUUUUUUAUUUAAUAGCAUAUUAAGGAGUUAUCAUGAUGAGCUAAAAUUAAAUAAUAAAAAAAAAAAUGAAGUUAAUGAAAACUCAAUUAGACCAAUAGACAUUAUUCAAAAUAACUCUACUGUUCAAGAAAAAUCAUAUGAGAAUGAAAUGUAUUUUAAUUUAUAUAAUAAUUAUAUAGAAAAAGAAGAAGAAGAAGAAAGAGAAGAGGAUGAAAUAAAUGAUGAAUAUGAAGAUGAAGAUUUAUAUGAACAAAAUGAUGAGGAAUAUUAUGGAGAUAAUAAACAAAUAAAUCAAAAUUAUGAAAGAGAGAAAAAAAAUAACAUACCAUUAUAUGUAGAGUUAUUUGAUAGAUAUAGUAUCAUUUUAUAUAUUUUUAAAAGUAGAGCAAAAAGUAAUUUGAGCAAAAUACAACUGGAACUGGCUAGAGCUAAUUUCAUUUUUAAUACAUAUUCAGAAGAUAGUAAAUCUAGGAUGAAAUAUUUAAAGUAUAUUGAAAAUAAUGUACUAGGGAAAUCAAGUUCAGAUUACGAAGAGAAGUAUAACAAAUUAAACACAUUUGAUAUAAAUAUGCAAAAAAAAAAAAAAAAUUAUGAUUAUUUAGGAUAUACGAGUAAUUAUAUAAAAAGUAAUGAGACAUACAAGGAGUAUGAAAGAAGAAUUAUUAAUAAUCUUUAUAGUAAAUUAAAAAAAGAAUUAGUAAAAUGUAAAAAUAAUACGAAUUUGCAAAGUAAUUCAAGAAAACAUAAGGCCUUAAUAGCUAUAGUAGGUUAUACAAAUGUAGGCAAAACAAAAUUAAUUAAUUAUUUAACAAAAUCCAAUUUAAAAGCAAAAAAUUUAUUAUUUCAAACAUUAGAUACUUCUUAUAAAAAUUUGAAUAUAUCCAGUUGUUAUUCAACUAUAUUUAUUGAUUCAAUAGGUUUUAUACAAAAUAUCCCAUAUUCUUUAUAUGAAUCAUUUAAAUUAUCUCUAGAAGCAAUUAAAAAAGCUGAUAUAAUUAUUCAUGUCAUAGAUAUAACUCAUCCCUACAAAGAAAAACAUAAAAAAUGUGUUAUUGACACAUUAAAUAAUAUUGGAAUAUCAAAUGAAUUUAUAAAAAAUAAUAUUAUUGAAGUUUGGAAUAAAAUAGAUAAAUUAACAGAAGAGCAAAUUUGUAAUUUAUAUAUAAGUAAACCAAAAAAUGUUUUACCAAUUUCAGCUAGAAAUGGAACGAAUUGUGAUAUCCUUAUAAAAAUUAUUCAAAAUAUAGUUAAUAAAAUUAAAAAUGUUCAAAUUUUAACUUUACAUUUUCCAACAAUAGAAGCAAAAGAUAGAAUUAAUUAUCUUAUGAAAAAUUUUAAAGUCAUUCCUAAUUCCAUUUAUUAUUCCGAUGAUGGUAAUACUACUUUUAUUAAAUUGGUUGAAAACCCUCAAAAUCUAGAAAAAUACUAUGAAAAAUUCGAAAAAUAA